AGAUGGCUCCCCUGCAUGUCUCCGGCUGAUCGCCGCCGCUCCGCCAAUACAAUAGCCAGCCACUACCAGCAGCCUGGCCCUCUUCCUCCUCCUUCUCCAGAGAGACCAAUCCAGCUGAAUUCGGGGUUUGCCAAAGGGAUAAACAGCACUUCCAGGGGGAGAAAAAAAAUCAUGUUAUCAGAAAGCAAAGAAGGUGAGGAGAAGGAGGAAGUGACCAUGGACACAAGUGAAAACAGACCUGAAAAUGAGGUUCCAGAGCCCCCCAUGCCUAUUGCAGACCAAGUCAGCAAUGAUGACCGCCCAGAGGGCAGUGCCGAGGAUGAGGAGAAGAAAGAGAGCUCGCUGCCCAAAUCAUUCAAGAGGAAGAUCUCCGUUGUCUCAGCUACCAAGGGGGUGCCAGCUGGAAACAGUGACACAGAGGGGGGCCAGCCUAGUCGGAAGCGGCGUUGGGGAGCCAGCACGGCCACCACACAGAAGAAACCCUCCAUCAGUAUCACCACCGAAUCACUCAAGAGCCUCAUCCCCGACAUCAAACCCCUGGCGGGGCAGGAGGCUGUUGUGGAUCUUCAUGCUGACGACUCCCGAAUCUCUGAGGAUGAGACAGAGCGUAAUGGUGAUGAUGGGACCCAUGACAAGGGGCUGAAAAUAUGCCGGACCGUCACUCAGGUGGUGCCUUCCGAGGGCCAGGAGAAUGGGCAGAGGGAAGAGGAGGAAGAAGAGAAGGAGCCUGAAGCAGAAGCCCCUGUACCUCCCCAGGUCUCAGUAGAGGUGGCCUUGCCCCCACCUGUGGAGCAUGAAGUAAAGAAAGUGACUUUAGGAGACACCUUAACUCGACGUUCCAUUAGCCAGCAGAAGUCGGGAGUUUCCAUUACAAUUGAUGACCCAGUCCGGACUGCUCAAGUGCCCUCCCCACCCCGGGGCAAGAUCAGUAACAUCGUCCACAUCUCCAAUUUGGUUCGUCCCUUCACUUUAGGCCAACUGAAGGAAUUGUUGGGACGUACAGGAACUCUGGUAGAAGAGGCUUUCUGGAUUGACAAGAUCAAAUCUCACUGCUUUGUAACGUACUCGACAGUAGAGGAAGCAGUUGCCACCCGCACAGCUCUACAUGGGGUCAAAUGGCCCCAGUCCAACCCCAAAUUCCUCUGUGCUGACUAUGCUGAGCAAGAUGAGCUGGAUUAUCACCGAGGCCUCUUGGUGGACCGUCCCUCUGAAACUAAGACAGAGGAUCAGGGGGUACCACGGCCGCUGCACCCCCCGCCCCCGCCCCCAGCCCAGCCACCACAGCACCCCAGGGCAGAGCAGCGGGAGCAGGAGCGGGCGGUGCGGGAACAGUGGGCAGAGCGGGAACGGGAGAUGGAGCGGCGGGAGCGAACGCGAUCAGAGCGUGAAUGGGAUCGGGACAAAGUUCGAGAAGGGCCCCGUUCCCGAUCACGGUCCCGUGACCGCCGCCGCAAGGAACGCGCAAAGUCUAAAGAAAAGAAGAGUGAGAAGAAAGAGAAAGCUCAGGAGGAACCACCUGCCAAGCUGCUGGACGACCUUUUCCGUAAGACCAAGGCAGCUCCCUGCAUCUAUUGGCUCCCACUUACUGACAGCCAGAUUGUUCAGAAGGAGGCAGAGCGCGCUGAACGGGCCAAGGAGCGGGAGAAGCGGCGAAAGGAGCAAGAAGAAGAAGAGCAGAAGGAGCGGGAGAAGGAGGCGGAGCGGGAACGGACCCGACAGCUGGAGCGAGAGAAGCGGCGAGAGCACAGCCGGGAGAGGGACAGGGAGAGAGAGAGGGACAGGGAGCGGGACAGGGGAGAUCGAGAUCGGGAGAGGGACAGGGACCGGGAACGAGGCAGGGAGAGGGACCGCAGAGACACCAAGCGCCACAGCAGGAGCCGGAGUCGGAGCACACCUGUGCGGGACCGGGGUGGGCGCCGCUAGCCGCUAGCCGGGAGAACACUAGGGAGAGCUGCAGGCACCGGCCACCCUGCCCCAGGGGGCUUCAAGGCCACAGAGGGAUAGGUACAAUCUCCACCACCCUGGAACCAGGGGUCUUUCACACCAUUUGCCCAGUGCUGAAGUCUGGCUGCCACCUGUCCCCACAUACCAAAUGGAGCAGUGGGCAUCUUCCCACCCUACCCCCGUAAUCUAUCUCUUGGGACUUAGCCCUCUCCUCCCUCUCAUUUCCCAUUAAGUCUGUGAGAGGGAGGAGCUAUGUUAGGGAGGGAGGUGGUUGGCCCAGAGCUGGGGAACAGCCAGGAGCCCCAAACCUCUCUCUCGUUUUUCCUCCAUCCUGCUCACCACCUCCUUUGGUACUUGCACCCCCCUUUUGGGAACAGCCGGGGCCAGGACUGGGUCACCUAUGAGCUGAAUCAGCAUCUCCUCCUGAGUCCCAGGGCCCCUGCAGUUCCCAGUCUCUUUGGUCCUGCAGCCCAUGCCUCCUGCCCACCGGUUCCACUUUAUAUCCACCUUUUCCUUUUGUUCAAUUUUUAUUUUUAUUUUUUUUAUUAUUAAAUGAUGUGGUCUAUGGAAAAUAAUAAAAUUGACUUAGUUUUAA